AUGGCAGACGACCAACAAAGGAACCAGUUACUUUCGCGAAGAGAUACGCUGCUCACUUCUCUGGGUCGGGCAGAGGUUUUUGCCGAAGAGUACGUUGCUGCGAGGGACGAAUCGCAGGUACCUUUGAGGCUGGAGUACAUCACCAGCGUUUGGAACAAUUUGGAGUCAGUUCAAGCGCAACUGGAGGACAACGAAACAGAUCAAGAGGGUAAGGCGGAGCAUGCUGCUGUGCGCGCUAAUUUUGAGCCACGGCUUUUUCAAAUAAAGGCAUCUUUACUUUCUAUGCUGACUCCUCUUCCUAACGAUCGUAGCCCUCAACCCUCGCGUGUUUCCUCCACUCUCUCCGGCAUCAAACUGCCAACAAUUUCGUUGCCUGAAUUCGAUGGCGACUACAUGCAAUGGCUUCCGUUUCACGAUACCUUUUUGGCGUUGAUUCAUUCCAACUCUGAUGUUCCGGAUAUUCAGAAGUUUCACUAUUUAAAGGCAGCUGUCAAGGGGGAAGCUGCUCAGUUGAUAGAAUCGAUUGGCAUUAGCUCCGCAAAUUAUUUAUUGGCUUGGCAAACGUUGGAAAGCAGGUAUUCCAACGAUUAUUUACUGAAAAAGCGUCACCUACAGGCACUAUUCGAUGUUCCGAAGAUGAAGAACGAGUCCGCUGCGGCACUUCACGGGUUGGUGGACGAAUUUGAACGCCAUACCAAAACUCUUCGACAACUGGGAGAACCAACCGAGCACUGGAGCACGAUUUUGGAGCAUCUUCUUUGUACCCGCUUGCACGACGAUACAGUGAAGGCAUGGGAGGAUCAUGCGUCGACCGUCAGCAAUCCGGAUUACAAUUGUCUCAUCGAUUUUCUUCAGCGCAGAACACGAGUUUUGGAAUCCAUCUCAGUGAAUCAUCGAACACCCGAUACGCAGUCUACUGCCGCUUUAUCAGCUCAGCCGUCGAAGAGAUCCUAA